ACUUUCUUAACCCCUUUUGUGCUUUUGGGCAUUAUCUCUUUAAUCUUUUCUUUAUUUCUUUCUCUACACCUUUUUAUUUAACUUUUUGUCUAUGUGGGGUCUUUAAAUUUAUUGACUUUGAUGCAGUAGAAGCAUUUGCAAAGCAACCCACUUGAUUGUGCUUCUCAAGAUUCACUAUCUGAUUUGGGUUUUGAGUGAGCUGAGUUAAGUACUGGUGAUCUUCAUUGUAUUGCCAUUUGGUAGUAGAGAUAUAUAUUGGUGUGUGUAUUGUGGAAAAAGAGAGAAGGGGCAAUGGCAGGAGGAGGAGGUCCAGCAAAAGCCGAUGAGCCGGCGCCACAUCCACCCAAAGAUCAGCUUCCCAAUGUGUCUUACUGCAUUACUAGUCCACCCCCUUGGCCUGAGGCUAUCCUAUUAGGCUUCCAACAUUUCAUUGUCAUGCUUGGUACAACAGUCAUCAUACCCACUGCUCUUGUUCCUCAAAUGGGAGGUGGAAAUGAGGAGAAAGCAAAAGUAGUUCAAACUUUACUCUUUGUCGCUGGAAUAAACACAUUGCUGCAAACUUUGUUUGGAAGUAGAUUACCUGCUGUUGUCGGAGGGUCAUACACCUUUGUUGCACCCACAAUAUCAAUUAUCCUGUCUAACAGAUGGAAUGAUCAAGACCCUGUAGUGAAAUUCGAGAAGAUUAUGCGGGCAAUCCAGGGAGCACUUAUUGUUGCUUCAACGCUGCAGAUAGUCUUAGGUUUCAGUGGCCUCUGGCGUAACAUCACCAGGUUCUUGAGUCCACUAUCAGCGGUUCCUUUGGUUGCACUUUCUGGUUUCGGGCUAUAUGAGUUUGGUUUUCCUGGUGUCGCCAAGUGUGUUGAAAUUGGAUUGCCGCAGCUUGUCAUUUUAUUAAUAUUCUCUCAGUAUUUGUCCCAUAUAAUACGCCCAGGGAAAAAUAUCUUUGAUCGUUUUGCUGUUCUAUUUUCGGUGGUGAUUGUAUGGAUCUAUGCUCACCUACUUACUGUUGGUGGAGCCUACAACGGUAAAUCACCCACUACACAAAUUAGCUGCCGUACAGACCGCGCUGGGCUUAUUAGUGGAGCACCAUGGAUAAGAGUUCCAUAUCCAUUUCAAUGGGGAGCACCAUCCUUUGAUGCGGGAGAAGCCUUUGCCAUGAUGAUGGCUACAUUUGUGGCACUUGUGGAGUCCACUGGUGGAUUCAUUGCAGUGUCAAGAUAUGCCAGUGCAACUCCCUUGCCACCUUCUAUUCUCAGCCGUGGUGUUGGCUGGCAGGGAAUUGGCAUCUUGUUGUCUGGGUUAUUUGGAACCGUGAAUGGCUCUUCAGUAUCUAUUGAAAAUGCAGGUCUUCUGGCUUUAACUCGUGUUGGUAGCAGAAGAGUUGUCCAAAUAUCUGCUGGCUUUAUGAUCUUCUUUUCCAUUUUGGGAAAAUUUGGAGCAGUCUUCGCUUCUAUCCCAACACCAAUAUUUGCUGCACUGUACUGUCUUUUCUUUGCUUAUGUUGGUGCCGCUGGUCUAAGUUUCCUUCAGUUCUGCAAUCUCAAUAGCUUCCGUACAAAAUUCGUACUUGGCUUCUCAGUCUUUAUGGGAUUUUCUAUUGCACAGUACUUUAAUGAGUACACUGCCAUUAAAGGCUUUGGCCCUGUGCAUACGUCUGGAAGAUGGUUCAAUGACAUUGUGAAUGUGCCGUUCUCAUCAGAAGCCUUUGUUGCCGGCAUUUUAGCAUUUUUCCUAGACAACACAUUGCAUAAGAAGGAUAGUAGGAAAGAUAGAGGCAAACAUUGGUGGGACAAGUUCCGAUCUUUCAAAACCGAUACAAGAAGUGAAGAAUUCUACUCACUUCCCUUCAACCUCAACAAAUAUUUUCCAUCUGUGUGAUACACACAUACUAAAGUUGGAUUUUUCUCCUGACUUGUCAAAUCCAAAUCCCUCUGCUAGCUCUUCGAAGCUAUUUUUGGGACCUUUGUGCUGCACACGUUUAUCGUUCCACUUAGUGUAUCUAAUUAACUCAAAGUAGUAAAAAUUAUCUGAAAUUUGGUAACAAUCUGCUUGGCAUACUUAUUCUUCUUCCUUGUUUCUGUAAAUUUGAAGUGGAUUAUAUAGAAAUGAAGUAUCGAAAACCAAGUUUGCUAC